CAAGCGGACGGCGUACGUCGCUCCGAGCUAAGCGAGCGCGAGCACCCUUACCGAGCGCCGCGAGGAGUGACGAGUCGCGUGCGCGCGCGCGAGAGAGAGAUAGAGAGAAGGAGCCCGGAACGGAAAUUCGGGGCUUCGACUCGGCGACCCAUUCGGUCCGUCCGCCUCUCCGGAACCGUCCAUCCGUUUCCAGUGGUCGUCCGGUUACCACGGCGACACUAGCUAGGUCGGGACCGGUCGGUGGGACGGAGGAGCCCGCGCAGUCGGCGGUCAGCGGUCGAAGAAGACCGGCGCUCGGAGCCCGCUUAGGUGCGCGCGCAACCAGGGGUGGCGGACCGACGGAAAGUCACCGCGGUCGGUGUAAGGCGGGUGGCGCGCCAAUCGGCCCUCCGGCCCAGGAGAAACGGCCCAGCGGAAAGUCGAGGCAACCCCUGAGGGUCGGCCGACCGAGUCGACCCGAGCCACGCGGCCACGUGACCUCUGAUCGGGGGCGCGCAUGCGCGGCAAGUGGCUGGCACCACGCGGGCCGCCGUGAUCGUCGAGUCGCGCGCGAGGGACAGUCGGGAAUGGAGUCGCGCUCCGCGACGACUCCGAGGCCGGGCUCGAGUCGCUGACGACGCCAAUCGUUACUCGGGGCGCCGCGAUUGGUCGGGCUCGCGCGACGAGGAGGAAGAGCCGCGUGUCGGCGCCGCGGCAUCCGGCCAUGCGGCACGCAGUCGAGGCGCCGGAGUCGGCCAGUGCGACCGCGAGCGCCACCUAACCUCGCUUUUUCCGCCGGGCGAGGAUGCGCGACGCGACGCGCCCGUCGUUCUCGAGGAGUGUCGGUGACGAGCGGUCGUCGUCGAUCGAUCUGCCCACGUAACGAAGGGACAGAGACCCCGGCAAGAGAUAACCGAGUACCGGGAGAAAAUCCAAGGUGACCCCGAGGACGCCACCGAUGUCGAGUGCCGGGUCGACGAGGGAACGCUCCGAAACGUGUUCAUCCGCCACGCGAGGAAGUCCUCGCGCUUGACGAGCGAACAGGCGUCGACGAGGUCGAAACGGUUCCCUGGGAGUUGUCUUAGAGGUAAACAAAGAAGUUUCCUGGCCCUCGAGGGUCCCCGAGGUGCGACCUAGAUGGAAGGACGUCCCGGGCGUCGCCAGGGUCGACGCGCCGGAGCCGUCCGCGAGGAGCGUUCGGGAGGCGUCGCGACGCGCCACGGAGGUGGUAACGCCUCUCGGUAUCCCUCGAAGUCUCGAUAAGACCUAUCGAGACCUACCGAGACCUAUCUCUAGGUGUCACGGUGCUUUUCUAAAGCCUGCGUCUGCCUUCUGCCGGCGAUAUUUUUUCCCAGAGGUUGCCCAGAGAGAGAUAGAGGGAGACGGUGGUAGAGAGAGAGCGACCGUUCCGGGAGGAGCAACGCCGAUCGCGAAGGGAGGAGGCGGCCCGGAGAGGGAGCGCGCCAGAGUGAGAGGCGCCGAGCCUAGCGGCGAGGGAGGGAGCGAGACCGAGCGAGAGGCGGCGCGAGCCAGGAAAGUGAAUCGCGCCCGAAGGGAUCGGACUUGCGGCGAGCGGCCAACCCGCCGCGUAUCGUCGCGCCGAGACACCGCGCGGUCCGGUACAUGCGUGAGAAAACCCUUCCGCGAUUGUGUUCCGAGAUGUGAGUAGUGUGCCUCUCUCAGUGCCGCCGGGAACCUGUGCGAACGAGCCACGGUGAUCGGAGGAGCGAGGCCCUUCGUCCUGACUUCCGGUGUCCCCGACCGACACGCCGGCAUGCCGAUCGGGAGCCGGCGUCCUUAUCGCCGAUUGUAGCCAAUUGAUAAGUUACUUAGCUAGCCAAUUUCGCGUCCCUUCUGACCGGACUGACUCUCUAAAGGCGCCAUCCCACAGGAGGGAGCGAGAAGUCUCGACCCGAAGCGGAGGCUGGAAACGCUGACUUACAUCGGGAACGCCAACCUGCAAUCAAGGUUCAUGGUUUUCAUGGAGGAGAGCGAGCUCUCGAGCAAGCGGUGGGCCAGCGCGCCCCGCCGCCCGGGUAGCCCCUGCAUCCUGGGGGCCCCAACGUCCAGAGAGGCGGCGGGCCCUCCGGUGCAGCUGGAACCCGUGGACCUGUCCGUGAAAACCCCGGUGGUACUUCAGGUGCCCAGGUACAGCCCAGCAGCCCUGAUAGCCUCGGCCAGGAAAGUACCUUCGCCCUCGACGACCCCAACGCCGCCCCCGCCCUCGCUCUGCGCAUCAACCAUAUCUCCACCGCUGCCGCCAACUCGAGAUGUCGCGAGGGAGCGAGAGCAGGAGCGAGACAGAGACCGGAACCGGGAGCAUCGGGACCAUCGGGAGCAUCGGGAACAUCGGGAGCAUCGGGACCACCGGGAACACCGGGAACACCGCGAGAGGGAGCGGCUCCAGGAGCGCGAGUCCAGCGCGAGGGAGCGGGACCGAGAGCUGCGGGUCCGCGAGAGAGAAAGGGAGAGGGAGCGACAACGGGAACGGGAGAGGGACAGGGAGAGAGAGGUAUCGGUUUGCGUGAUGGAGCCACCUGAUCCUGUAUUCGUCUCCUCGUCGGCGGCGCUUCUUGCUCUGCAGAGGAUAAAGGAAGCUUCUUUAGUCUUUCACAAGCGACCCACGUUGGCGGCAGGAAUCGGGAUCGGGGCCAGGGGCAACGGGGGCGUCGCCGGGAACGGGGGCAACCUGGGGGUGGACGGCGAAUGCGGGGACGCCUUGAAGAGGCGCAAGGUCCACCGAUGCGACGUGGCCGGGUGCGACAAGGUGUACACGAAGAGCUCUCACCUGAAGGCCCACAAGAGGACCCACACCGGCGAAAAACCGUACCAGUGCACGUGGGAGGGAUGCACGUGGAAAUUCGCCCGAUCGGACGAGCUGACGCGGCAUUAUCGCAAGCACACGGGGCAAAAGCCGUUCAAGUGCCAUCUCUGCCAGAGAUCCUUUUCGCGAAGCGAUCACCUGUCUCUCCACAUGAAACGGCACUGACGAGCCAGCUCGAAAGCCCGCAGAGAUCCUAGACGAGAUGACGAUUACACUCGGGACCUGAAGAACCCCGCCUCGGCAGAACGAAGCCGGCCAUCUUGGAGGCGCUUCGAAUCGGACGAGGAGGGGAAAUAGGAAAAAAAAACACGUUCACUAGAUUUAGAGUUUAACGAAAAAGCGCGUAUCAUUCGACCAUAGAGGAUCCGUCAAUGCUGUGUUCGCAUCGAGAGGUGCACGCGAGAUCGAGUUGCGAGACGAGAGCUCCGUGGAUGACGAAUUUAUAUCCUUGCUAAAUCAUUUCCUCCUGUAUCUGUUUAUUUUCCCAGGACAUGGGGAAGUCCAUCCUGCCUUAAUCUACUCGAAAAUCCGGGAAAAUGAUGUCCUGUCCUUAUUUAAAAAAAAAAAUGAAACAACGAUGCACAAGCCAUGCAGCAAUCUGCAGCAUCGACGACGCGACGGCAUUUUUUCCUUUUUUGAGCGCAUCGGCGAUUUAGAAAAUUAAAACAAGAGGAACUACCUUUUUGGGGACUUUCUUAUCGGAAUAAGAAGUCGAAAACGGAGCUCUGGAAUUUUCAGCGGCCGGUGGGAAAUGUUAAGGGGAUGUGAAUGCGACGUUAGGAGACGUUUAUGAAGCUUUUCUCCGAACUGGGU